GGGGUGAAUAGGCAGACAUGCGUGCGUUGUAAGUCCACGCUGCUGCUACUGGCAUAAAGCUGUCCAGGUGGAGUGGAGCCCUUUCUUCUUCUCUCCCUUUGAGGGGCCCGCAGAUGCGCGAAGCUGCGAGAGUGCAGUGAGGUAGCAGAUACACGUGGAGGGGAGGAAACUUUGUGAGGUGAGGCGAAGAGGUGCCCCCGGCUGGGAGGUGAGCCAGAUCGCUUCGGACACGCAGAGCCAGGCUGAUCGCUGAUCCCAGCCCCUCCAAGGGACUUGCUUCCGACCCUCCCCUUCCCCCUUUCUCUCCUACGUGAGAGCACAACACACACACACACACACACAGAGAGAGAGAGAGAGAGAGAGAGAGAGAGAGAGAGAGAGAGAGAGAGAGAGAGAGAGAGAGAGAGAGAGAGAGAGAGAGGGAGGGAACGCUCAGCUACUCGGGAUAUGCUAGAAGGAGAGAGGAUCCGAACCCGCACCCCUUGUCGCUCCAUCCAGUAGCUGGCUCCGAAAGGCUAGCUCACUAAGAGGUCUUUAGGCCCGCGGGGCGGCUACCGCCAGGACAGCAGGAACCCGGGAAGGCAAGUCUCCCAGUGCCCCAAGACACAAGUGGAGGCAGCGUGGCCCGGUCGGUGGGGCUAGCGGGCAAACAACCGCUCUGGGAAGUGGCGGUGGAGCAGCGGGCCAGAUCCGCCUUCGACUGCCCACCCAGUUUAGCAGUCUCCACGGGUCGAACUUCUCUUCCGUGGAGCUCUCUCUCCUUGACGCUACCCUGCUCGGGACAACUAGCUGGAGUCGGACUGCUUGUCUGUCCUACUCGGACCCGGCUCUCUCCAAUCAGGUCGCCUCCCCUCCCAUUCCCUGGUCCCCGGAAAUCUCACCAUGCUGGACGGACUAAAGAUGGAAGAGAACUUCCAGAGCGCGAUCGAGACCUCGGCCUCGUUUUCCUCGUUGCUGGGGAGAGCUGUGAAUCCCAAGUCGGUUUGUGAGGGCUGUCAGCGGGUCAUUUCGGACAGAUUUCUGCUACGACUCAAUGACAGCUUCUGGCAUGAACAGUGUGUUCAGUGCGCCUCUUGCAAAGAGCCCUUGGAGACCACCUGCUUUUACAGAGACAAGAAACUUUACUGCAAAUACGACUAUGAGAAGCUGUUUGCUGUCAAAUGUGGUGGCUGUUUUGAAGCCAUCGCACCUAAUGAGUUUGUCAUGAGGGCCCAGAAAAGUGUUUACCAUCUGAGCUGCUUCUGCUGCUGCGUCUGUGAGCGUCAACUCCAAAAGGGAGAUGAGUUUGUCCUGAAAGAGGGGCAGCUGCUCUGCAAGGGUGACUAUGAGAAGGAGCGAGAACUGCUGAGCUUGGUGAGCCCGGUGGCUUCUGACUCUGGUAAAAGUGAUGAUGAUGACAGCCUUUGCAAGGCGGGUCACGGGGCAGGGAAAGGGGUUGCAGAGGAUGGCAAGGACCACAAACGCCCCAAACGCCCCAGGACCAUCCUGACCACCCAGCAGCGGAGAGCAUUCAAGGCUUCAUUUGAAGUCUCCUCCAAGCCAUGCAGGAAGGUAAGAGAGACUUUGGCUGCUGAGACAGGGUUGAGUGUUCGUGUCGUUCAAGUUUGGUUCCAAAAUCAGAGAGCUAAGAUGAAGAAAUUGGCAAGGCGGCAACAGCAGCAACAGCAAGAUCAGCAGAAUACACAAAGACUGAGUUCAGCUCAGACAAAUGGUGGAGGGAGUACUGGGAUGGAAGGGAUCAUGAAUCCCUAUACUGCACUGCCAACCCCACAGCAGCUCCUGGCCAUUGAACAGAGUGUGUACAACUCAGAUCCCUUUCGACAAGGGCUCACUCCACCCCAGAUGCCCGGAGACCACAUGCACCCUUAUGGUGCUGAGCCCCUUUUCCAUGACCUAGAUAGUGAUGACACCUCCCUCAGUAACCUGGGUGACUGUUUCCUAGCAACCUCUGAAGCCGGGCCCCUGCAGUCCCGGGUGGGGAACCCCAUCGACCACCUGUACUCCAUGCAGAAUUCUUAUUUCACCUCUUGAGUCCACCCUUAGAGAGUCCAGUGGCUAGGCUUCCAAGUGAAACAAACAUAUUAAACCAGGGGUCAACUGGCCUUAGUUUGGGAGGUAGGGAAGAAGUGGGUGGGGGAGGGGCCUUUCUUGGGGAUGCUGUAUAAUAACAAUAUGGUAUAGCCCAGCAUUUCCAAAGACUGAAUACGUUAUGGAUUGCAUAGUUUAAUGUUUCUAUAAGAGUCAUAGCAUUAGAUAUGAAGACGUGUUUAUCAUUAAGGACAGGGACUUUUAAUCUAGACAUUCUCAUGCAAAUUAGAAACCUAGAGAAUCCUAACAACUUCCCGCCAUUUUGGGGAAGCUCUUGUCAAGAGAUGCGUUCGUCUAUCCAUCUAUUCAUCCAUAGACAGAUGGACGUGUGUGAGUGUGUGUAGCCUUUCAUACUCUUAUCAUCGAAGUUUAUUCCUAAUUGUAACAGGCAGCAACUGUACAGCGAAAGUAACUUUAUUUUCAGUGUGAACUCUAUUUAAGGAAAUGCUUGAUGCACUUAAGUUAUAAAAUGAGAUAAUUUACUUUUAUAAACUUUAUUUUUAGUUGGAGGAGACUUGUCGGCGUUGGCACAAUUGCCGAUUCAUCUAGUCCCAUUUGAGUUUGUUUAGUUUUCACCGCUUGGGGUUGAAUUCUAAAAAGCAAUUGGUUCUUGCUGAUGGCCCCCCACCCCCAGUACCUAGUGGCUUAGAUGGGAAAGAGCAAUGUUUCAUAACCUUAGUGGGGAGCUCAGAGCCAGGGUGAUUAAGGACAACACUUAGUUUCUGGAUAACAUUGGGCAAAUCCCUUCACCUCAUUUGGGCUCUAGCUUCCUCCAGUGUGGGAUGAGGCUGAUUGAACUUACCUACCUCACCCAGGAGGACUGAAGCUUAAUUCAUAUUGAAAGGCAGAUAAAGAGGGGGUACAAUACCUAGCAGUGCCAUCAAUAUUCAGUAUAGAAGGCUUUCACUACUGUUAGAGUGAUGUGAAGAUGCAGGAAGAGUUCUGGGAAGAGAACGGAAUGGCUUCUCUUUAGUCUUAGCCUUAUGGGCAACAUUGCUCAUCUUGUUCCCAUUUGUAGAGCCUAGGAAGCUAGAGAUGAUAUCUCAGAUGUAGAAGAGGGGCUACAGACCUGGAGACAUUUCUAAACAAUGUCCAGUGUAACUCAAGGGAUCCUCAAGAGGAGAUUUUGAUGGAAGCCAGUGGCAAUAUCCUUUGGAGUCACUUUUCUGACCAUGACUAUACUCAACUCAGUAGCCAUUGCACAUAAUGUUAUGGUUCCACACCCUAUUCCCCAAAUGUGGUGCUAGAGUGGGAUAUUUCUUUGCCAGGAGGCCUCCUGGAAAACUCAAACAAGGAGGUGGGGGCAGUGAGGAAGUCAGAUUGGCCUCCAUUUCUCAAAGGGGAAACUAUUGUAAGACUUGGCUUCACUUGUGGGGAAGCAGAAAGAACCUUGGACAUAGUGUCCCCAAGGCCAGAGGAAACACGUCCUCUAUAUUCUAGAUUCUAUGUUGUGUGAUUUUGUGCUGUUGUUUAUAAUUUAUGCAAACAAAUAAACAAGCCAAUCUGGUGAUUGAAAAUAGUGAAGACUAUAGCUCUCUGCUGGUGACUGUGAGUAAGGAUCAGUCAGAGAAUAAAGCAGGACUUAUAGGAGUAAAAAUGAAUGAGAUCCCUACUCCAAUACAAGAUGUACUGAAAUGACAUUAAAAAAAACUUCUUCAAAA